AUGCCUAGAUCCCGUGUAAAUGGAAAUUUCAUUGAUAAGACCUUCUCAAUUAUAGCCAAUAUUUUAUUGCGAAUAAUUCCGACAACCUCAGGAGAAAAAAAGGCAUUUACUUAUUAUAGAGAUGGUAUGUUGGCUCAAUCCGAAGGAAAUUAUGCGGAAGCUUUGCAAAAUUAUUAUGAAGCUACGCGACUAGAAAUCGAUCCCUAUGAUCGAAGUUAUAUACUCUAUAACAUAGGCCUUAUACACACAAGCAAUGGAGAGCAUACAAAGGCUUUGGAAUAUUAUUUCCGGGCACUAGAACGAAACCCCUUCUUACCGCAAGCUUUUAAUAAUAUGGCCGUGAUCUGUCAUUACCGAGGAGAACAGGCCAUUCUAGAGGGUGAUUCGGAAAUUGCGGAAGCUUGGUUUGAUCAAGCUGCUGAAUAUUGGAAACAAGCUAUAGCGCUUACUCCGGGAAAUUAUAUUGAAGCACAAAACUGGUUGAAGAUUACGAAGCGCUUUGAAUUUGAAUAA